GCUGGGUCAGUAACAGGAGAUCAGAUCCAAUGAGGGUAUCCAAGAGAAGUCAGACAGGUCAGGGAUCAGGGCAGGAGAAGUCAGCAGAGGUCAGGAUCAAAGCAGGGUUAGCAACAAAUCAGAUAGGCAGAUAUGCAGGAACACAGGAUACCAGGUACAGGGGCUCAUGGGAAACAACACCAAGGCACUGAAUGUAGGCCUGGCCAUUGCUUAAAUACACCUCCUGCAAUCAGCCUCAGGUGAUGGCUUGAUUGCAGGAGUGAGAUCCUGGCUGCUGAGAGCACCCGCUGGCCAGCACUGGUACUGCAGCCCACAAGGCAGGUGAGUCCCACCAUUGCUGGCCAGUCCAUUCCUGACACAUACAUCGAUGAUGCAUUUAUCAUCUGGGAUGGAUUAGAA